AUGCUGCAGUCGCCGUUCGGCGUUCGACGUGACAUUGACGACAGCCGAUGUCCGGUGCGUGUGCGGACCGUGAAGUCGCCGUUCGGCGUUCACGGACAAGGCAUCGCAGGAAUCGCAGCCUCGCGGACAAGGCCCUUGCUUGACACGGUAGAAAGAGCAACUGAGGAAGCCAGCAAGAGCAAGGUGAGGAGUCCACCUAAGUUGACAGAAAUAAUUUUACCAGAGAAUGAUUUCAGAGAAUUUGCAGAGGUUUUGCAUGCCAAGCUGAGCAGCUUCUUGUCCAUACUACAAGAUGUAACAAUGGGAAAGAAUCUAAGACUAUUCUUCAUGUUCGCCUUAAAAUCCUCAGCAAUACUCCUUUCUUUCAUUCAGGCAAUCGCUUCUCUUUGGAUCAUAUCAAUCUUAGGAAGCAGCUGCAGCUCUUUGAAUCUAUUAUAUUUUGGUUAUCUCUGCAUUCAGAUACUACCGGUUCUAUAUGAAAACUAUGAAGGAGAAGUGGAUCAUUUGGUUACUGAGGGAAGCCGAUCCCUAAGGAAACUCUACCGAAAAUUUGACUCCAAAGUUCUCAACAAGAUCCCGAGAGGCCCUGUAAAGGAUCAGAAGCACAUAUGA